AUGGGUCUUGGUAAUACUAUUGUUGAUAAGAAUGAUGCCUCAAAUCAAGACCGUGCUAAGGCCAUGAUUUUCCUUCGUCGUCAUUUAAAUGAAGGACUAAAAGUAGAGUAUCUUACUGUCAAAGAUCCUCUUGUUCUUUGGCUAGAUUUGAAAGAAAGAUUCGACCACUUGAAGUUGCAGCAAUAUAAAGAGAAAGGAUUUAAGAAAUAUUCUGAACUUAUUGCAUGUCUCCUUUUGGCUGAACAAAAUAAUGAAUUAUUGUUGAAAAAUCACGAGUCCCGACCAACUAUUGCAAGUCCAUUCCCUGAAGCGAAUGGGACUCAAUUUCAAAAUUCUGGUCGAGGUCGUGGACGUGACCGUAGAGGUAACCGUAGACGUAGUCGUGGCCGUAAACGAGAUCGUAGUAGAUUUGUGCCUCGUGAAAAUUAUCACCAUGACAAGCAACAAAAUAUUUCUCAAGAGAGAGAAAAUGACUACGAUCCGAAAGAAGAAGAAAAAAAAAUUUAUGAAGAAAAAUGCUACCGGUGUGGUAUGGAAGGUCACUGGUCCCGUACCUGUCGUACGGCUGAGCAUCUUGUUGACCUCUAUCAAGCAUCAUUGAAAAAGAAGGACAAAGAUGUCGAGACAAAUUUUAUCGACCAAAAGAAUGCUUAUGAUGAUGAUGAUGCUGACAUGACACACCUGGAUAUUGCCGAUUUCUUUGAGCAUCCUGAAGAUGCAAAAUGA